CGGCCGCCUCCGCCACUGCAGCUGCAGCCCCCGAUGUCGCCGCAGUAAUCGCGGCCGCGGCAGCACGCGUACCCUCGGCGGCCGCAGCAUCCGCGCCGCAGAGCAGAGCCCGGAGCCCGCCGCCCCGCAGGAUGGCUGUCGCUCCUCCAAGUUACUGUUUUGUGGCCUUCCCACCACGUGCUAAGGACGGUCUGGUGGUAUUUGGGAAAAAUUCAGCUCGGCCCAGGGAUGAAGUACAGGAGGUUGUGUAUUUCUCGGCUGCUGAUCAUGAACCCGAGAGCAAGGUUGAGUGCACGUACAUUUCAAUCGACCAAGUUCCCAGGACCCAUGCUAUUGUGCUAAGCAGACCUGCCUGGCUUUGGGGGGCAGAAAUGGGAGCCAAUGAGCAUGGAGUGUGCAUAGCCAAUGAAGCCAUGAAUGCCAGAGAACCAGCAGCUGAGACCGAAGCCUUAUUGGGGAUGGAUCUGGUCAGGCUUGGUUUGGAAAGAGGGACAACAGCCAAAGAAGCCUUGGAUGUCAUCGUCGCCUUGUUGGAGGAACACGGACAGGGUGGCAAUUAUUACGAAGAUGCACACGCCUGCCACAGCUUCCAAAGCGCGUAUCUGAUUGUGGAUCGCGAGGAAGCCUGGGUGCUGGAGACCGUGGGGAAGUACUGGGCUGCUGAGCAGAUCACAGAGGGAGUGAAGUGUAUUUGCAAUCAGCUUUCGCUCACCACUAAGAUAGACGCGCAGCAUCCUGAGCUCAGGAGUUAUGCUCAGAGUCAAGGCUGGUGGACGGGAGAGGACGAGUUCAAUUUUUCCGAAGUUUUUUCUCCAGCUGAUGACCACCUAGACUGCUGUGCAGGCAAAGACAGCUUAGAAAAGAAAGAAGAAAGCAUCACUGUGCAGACUAUGAUUGACAUCUUACGGGACAAAGCCAGUGGAGUCUGUAUAGAUUCUGAGUCCUUCCUUACCACAGCCAGUGUAGUGUCUGUUCUGCCUCAGAAUAGAAGCUCGCCGUGCAUUCACUACUUCACUGGGACCCCAGAUCCUUCCAGGUCCAUAUUCAAGCCCUUCAUCUUUGUGGAUGAUGUGAAACUUGUCCCCAAAGCACAAUCUCCCUGUUUUGGGGACGACGACCCUGCCAAAAAGGAGCCUCGGUUCCAGGAGAAGCCAGAUCGCCGGCACGAGCUCUACAAGGCCCACCAGUGGGCACGCGCUGUCAUCGAAAGUGACCAGGAGCAAGGUCGCAAGCUGAGGAAGACCAUGCUGGAACUAGAGAAGCAAGGCCUGGAAGCCAUGGAAGAAAUUCUGACCAGCUCUGACCCUCUGGACCCCACUGAAGUGGGGGAUCUUUUCUAUGACUGUGUUGACACUGAGAUUAAGUUCUUUAAGUGAAGUAAGCAUUCCCUCUCCUCUCCCCUUCUUAUUUAAACGUUCCCACCUUACUAAAUUACCAGCAAAACAAACCACUCUCCUGUUUGAGUAAAACGAGAAAGUUCAGACGUGUGAAAGUCACACUCUUGUGUUCUGCCCUGAAUCCCAGCAACGUCCCCUUCUUCUACAACGUAGCUCCCCCUUUGCAGUGUAACGUGUAUCCAUUUGCCUGUCUUUCGAUUGUGUGACUACUUGUGGAUGUUCAGCUGCUAUCGUUGUAUUUCAGUGACCGUGGACACACUAGCCUUCUCACGGAGGACGAGCAUUUGUCAGGCCUUCACGGGGGCUCCACAGUGCUGGGUGUGCAAGAAAAGCAAAAUCUAUUGAAGUCUUAGUCUUUCUUUCAGUAAUGGUUCCUUUCAGGUUACCAAAAGGCCCGGGGCUUUUGUGUGUGAACUUGAGGGGGAAGCUUCCCGGCCUCCCCUUCACACGAGUGCAAGCCCGUCGUGCAGAACGUCUGCAGAUGUGUCUGCUGAAGGACACAACCAAUGGGAAGGAACAAAGGGGGCUCCUCUCUAGUCGCAGCUCAUCCUGAUUCUCUUGGUUCUAAGGGGCCUGUCCUCUGUCUGCUGCGCUUGUGCGCAGUGGACCCACAGACGGCUCCUGAGCACGGGAGAGCUGGUUAGCGGAGUUAGCUAGAACUGCCCGUGUUGGAGAUUCCGAGGCAGCCAUGCGCGUGGCCUCCCCACAUCCCCACGUGGCUCUCCCCAAAGGCCCGAGGCUCUCGCAGUACAGUAGCACGCCCACCCCUUGGCCUUGCGUAGAAACGAUUUCGGGCCUGGUUAUGGCCAUCUACUCCGGGAUUAAUUAAAUGGCCCUGUGGCAUGGUUCUCCCCCCCCCCCCCCCCCACAAAGCUGCGUAUCUCUCCAGCUAAUGAGGGAGAGAAAAGGAGAGACCGUUGGCUGUUCAGAUGCUAGUUAAAGUAGCUGGAAUCCGAGCAGCGACUACAUUAUCUCAGCGGAGACUUUAAUUAAACUGAUUUGUUUCCAG